AUGUCGUCGUUCAGCCCCACCCAGAUCUUCGAGGAGGGAACCACAGAAGAAAAAGGAGAGAAUGCUCGUCUCUCCGCCUUCGUCGGCGCCAUCGCCGUCGGCGACCUCGUCAAGAGCACACUCGGGCCAAAGGGCAUGGACAAGAUCUUGCAGUCUGCGUCAACCGGCGAGAUCAUGGUAACAAACGAUGGCGCGACCAUUCUCAAGUCCAUCGCUCUUGAUAAUGCUGCCGCUAAGGUACUUGUCAACAUCUCUAAGGUCCAGGACGACGAGGUCGGUGACGGUACUACAUCAGUCGCCGUACUUGCUGCUGAGCUUCUGCGCGAGGCCGAGAAGCUUGUGAACCAGAAGAUCCAUCCCCAGACCAUCAUCGAGGGUUACCGGAUAGCCAGUCAGGCAGCCCUCAAGGCCCUCGAGGCGUCGGCGGUUGACCACAGCAACAACCCCGAGCAAUUCAAGAAGGACUUGCAGGCCAUUGCCCGGACAACACUCAGCUCCAAAGUGCUAGCGCAGGACCGGGACCACUUUGCUAAGCUGGCCGUCGAAGCCGUUCUCAGACUGAAGGGCUCGUCCGACCUCAGCCAUAUCCAAAUUAUCAAGAAGGCCGGUGGCAAGCUGUGCGAGUCGUACCUGGAUGAGGGCUUCAUUCUCGACAAGAAGAUUGGUGUCAACCAGCCGAAGCGCCUGGAGAAGGCCAAGAUCCUGAUCGCCAACACGCCCAUGGAUACGGACAAGGUCAAGAUCUUUGGCGCUCGGCUCAAGGUCGGUUCGACUAGCAAACUGGCCGAGCUGGAGCGCGCCGAGCGCGAGAAGAUGAAGGCUAAGGUUGAGAAGAUCAAGGCGCAUGGCAUCAACUGCUUCAUCAACCGUCAGCUCAUCUACAACUGGCCGGAGCAGCUCUUCACCGAUGCCGGUAUCAUGUCGAUUGAGCACGCCGACUUCGAUGGUAUCGAGCGGUUGGCCCUCGUCACGGGCGGUGAGAUCGCCUCGACCUUCGACCACCCGGAGCAGGUCAAGCUUGGCUACUGCGACCUGAUCGAGGAGGUCAUGAUUGGCGAGGACACGCUAAUCAAGUUCUCUGGUGUCGCUGCCGGCGAGGCCUGCACCAUCGUCUUGCGCGGUGCCACCGACCAGCUGCUCGAUGAGGCCGAGCGCAGUCUGCACGACGCCCUGGCCGUCCUGUCCCAGACGGUUAAGGAGCCUCGCACGACUCUGGGCGGUGGCUGCGCCGAGAUGAUCAUGGCCAAAGCCGUCGAGGCUGCCGCGACCCGCGUUGAAGGCAAGAAGCAGACUGCUGUUGCUGCCUUCGCCGUCGCUCUACGCCAGCUGCCGACCAUCCUUGCCGACAACGCUGGUCUUGACUCGGGUGACCUUGUUGCCCGUCUACGCAAGGCUAUUUACGACGGUCUGACCACUUAUGGUCUCGACCUGAUGACCCCUGGCGGCGGCAUCGCCGACAUGCGCGAGCUGGGUGUCAUUGAGAGCUACAAGUUAAAGAGGGCGGUUGUGUCGUCAGCUAGCGAAGCUGCUGAGCUGCUGUUGCGUGUGGACGAUAUAAUAAGGGCGGCUCCGCGGAAGCGGGAGAAGCACUAA